UAGGUUUUGAAGAUUCCUCAUCAAUCCUAUGGUCGAAAAGACUAAAUAAUGCCAAAUGCAAUCUUCUGUGCUGUUGAAACUGCCAUCAUAUCUGCACAACUGAUACAGCAAGAUGAUGCUGACUCAUUGGACUUAGUCCAGAAUGGCAUCAAGGAUAAUUGCUGCACAAAUAACUCUAGAAGAAACCUCAUUGUAUCUUCAAUCAUCCUUGAUUAAUUCAGAGAUAUAUAAGAAGAAAUCACCUUCCCUAUCGAUCACCUGUCACUGGAGAGCAUGGGGAGCAAAGGAGGUCUUUUCAGGUACGCCGAUGGCAUCGACAAGCUGCUGAUGCUGAUCGGCACUUUAGGCAGCAUUGGAGAUGGCUUAAUGACUCCACUCACCAUGUUUAUCAUGAGCGCCAUAAUUGACGACUAUGGAGCUUCUGACCAGUCCAUCUCCAACCAGGUUGUGGAUAAGUUCGCCUUGAGAUUGCUCUAUAUUGCUCUUGGAGUUGGAAUCUCUGCAUUUUUGGAAGGACUGUGCUGGUCAAGGACAGCGGAGAGACAAACGUCACGAAUACGAACGGAAUACUUGAGAUCGGUGCUGAGACAAGAAGUAGGCUUCUUUGACAACCAAGGCGCAGCUUCGUCCACCACUUUUAAAGUAGUUGCAAGCAUAUCUGCAGAUGCGCAUUCGAUCCAAGCCGUUGUCGCCGAAAAGAUUCCGAACAUCCUGGUAGAACUUUCAGCAUUCGUAUUCGGCCUAGCAGUCGCCUUCUUGCUGUCAUGGAGACUGGCCUUGGCUUCCCUGCCAUUAGCAACGUGUUUCAUAGCUCCAGGCGUCGGAUUCGGGAAGUUGAUGAUGAGCCUGGGAAUGAAAAGCAAGGAUGCAUAUGAAGUUGCUGGCGGAAUAGUGGAGCAAAGCAUAUCCUCGAUCCGAACAGUUUACUCCUACGUAGGAGAGCGCCAGACGCUGCGCAGAUUCAGCCAAGCGUUGCAGGAAAGCAUGAAGCUCGGGAUCAAACAAGGCCUCGCCAAGGGGCUGAUGAUUGGAUCCAUGGGGGUAGUUUUCGCGGCGUGGGCAUUCGAAGCUUGGGCUGGAAGUAUACUUGUGGUUGAAAGAGGGGAAACUGGUGGUCGAGUGUUUAUUGCAGCAAUCAGUGUUGUUCUUGGAGGAAUGUCCUGUAUGAGCGCGCUCCCUAAUCUGUCGUCCAUCAUCGAAGCUUCAGCUGCAGCCGCGCGAAUAUUUGAGAUGAUCGACCGGGUGCCUGAAAUAGACUCCGAAGAUGUUAAGGGGAAAACUUUAGCGUAUGUACAUGGAGAAAUCGAGUUCCGGGAAGUUUACUUCAGUUAUCCAUCAAGAAUGGAUGCUUAUGUUCUCCAUGGAUUAAGCCUCAAAGUUAAAGCUGGUAAGACCGUGGGGCUCGUCGGAGGAAGCGGAUCCGGAAAAUCGACUCUCAUAUCUUUGCUUGAAAGGUUCUAUGAUCCCAUCAAAGGAGACAUAUUUCUUGAUGGGCAUAGAAUCAGGAGAAUGAAGCUUAAAUGGCUGAGAUCACAGAUGGGGCUGGUGAACCAGGAGCCGAUCCUCUUCGCGACUUCGAUUAAGGAGAACAUUUUGUUCGGGAAAGAUGAUGCUUCCAUGGAAGAGAUCGUUGUCGCCGCAAAGGCUGCGAAUGCAGACUCCUUCAUUGCAAACUUACCUGCAGGAUAUGAUACUCAGGUGGGGCAGUUUGGGUUUCAAUUAUCAGGAGGGCAGAAACAGAGGAUUGCCAUAGCCAGAGCCUUGAUCAAGAACCCAAGAAUUCUGUUGCUUGAUGAAGCUACGAGCGCGCUCGAUGUAGAAUCCGAAAGAGCAGUGCAGGAGGCCAUUGAUCGGGCGUGUCUUGGCAGGACAACAGUCAUCGUCGCACAUCGCCUCACUACGAUCCGAAGCGCAGACACCAUUGUUGUGAUGGAAUCAGGGAGAGUCACAGAGUCAGGAUCCCAUGAGAAGCUGAUGCAGAUUGGGGAAGAUGGAGCUUACUUUAAAAUGGUGAAGCUACAGCAAUCAGCAGCAAUGGAGGAUGGAGGUUCUUCUCCUUCGUAUCGAAACCAAAACGAUGCCGUCAAGUUAUAUCACACAGCAAGAUCAAGCUGGCAAAGUAGUCCUGUGACUGCAUUCCCUUUCAGCCCUGUCUGGAACACGAGCACGGUUGUUCCCUCGAUCAACACGGUUUCUUACUACAGUAGCGACGAUGAAACUGAAACACCGGAUACCUACUAUUCAACGAAUCCUUCACAUUGGCGGUUGAUUCGAAUGAAUGCGCCGGAGUGGAGGAGAGCUUUGCUUGGAUGUCUCGGAGCUGUCGUAUUCGGCUUAGUCCUCCCCGCCAAUGCUUACUGCCUCGGAUCGGUUGUCUCGACCUAUUUCAGCGACGACAGAACAAGAAUAAAAUCUGAAAACUUCUUCUACAGCAUGAUGUUCUUAACCAUAGCUGUCGUAAGCUUCUUCGCCAACCUUCUGCAGCACUACAACUUCGCGAUCAUGGGGGAGCGACUCGUCAAGAGGGUGCGCGAAAUGGUGCUGCAGAACAUUCUCACGUUCGAGGUAGGCUGGUUCGACAGGGAUGAGAACACGAGCGCUGCAGUCUGCGCGCGUCUCGCGACAGAGGCGAAUGUGGUCCGAUGCCUAGUAGGCGACCGAAUGUCUUUACUCCUACAAGUCUUCACCAGCGCUUCCGGGGCAUUCAUACUCGCGCUGAUUUUAACAUGGAGACUCUCCAUUGUUGUGAUCGCUGUCCAGCCUUUCCUCAUCGCGAGCUUAUACUCGAAGAGCAUCCUGAUGAAGCAGAUGUCGGUUAAGGCGCAGAAGGCGCAGAACAAGGGCAGCCAAGUGGCGAGCGAAGCUGUGGUGAACCACAGGACAAUCGCGGCAUUCUCUUCGCAGGACAAGAUCCUUCGCCUCUUUGCGUCGACUUUGAAAGGACCGCGCGAAGAGAGUUUGAAGCAGUCUUGGUUAUCCGGAGCUGGGCUGUUCCUCUCGCAAUUUCUGACCACGGCAUCUGUCGCGUUGACGUAUUGGUACGGCGGGAGGCUGAUGAACAAAGGAUUAGUGAGCUCGAAGCAUAUGUUCCAGGUUUUCUUCAUCCUGAUGAGCACCGGGAAGAGCAUUGCCGAUGCCGGAACCAUGUCAUCCGAUUUGGCGAAAGGCAGCAGCGCUGUCGGAUCGGUUUUCACAAUCCUCGACAGGAGGAGUGAGAUCGAACCGGACAGCGCCGAUGGCAUAACAACAAGGAAAGGAUUGAAAGGCAAGAUAGAGAUCAAUGGAGUUCACUUCUCCUACCCUACCAGGCCAGAGCAGAUGAUCCUCCAAGGCCUGAACCUCAAUAUCGAGCCUGGAAUGACAAUGGCGAUUGUAGGACAAAGUGGCUCAGGAAAAUCAACAAUCAUAGCUCUAAUUGAAAGAUUCUACGAUCCAAUACGAGGAAGCGUACUCAUCGACGGUCGAGACAUCCGAAGCUACAACUUGAGAGAUCUGAGAUCUCAAAUCGCGCUAGUGAGCCAGGAGCCGACGCUCUUCGCCGGAACCAUCGAGGAAAACAUCGCAUACGGCGUCGAAACCGCCACAGAAUCUGAAAUCAGGAACGCCGCCAUUGUUGCGAAUGCCGAGGAAUUCAUAAGUUCGCUGAAAAGUGGAUACAAAACUUACUGUGGAGAAAGAGGAGUGCAGCUAUCGGGAGGGCAGAAGCAACGGAUAGCUCUAGCUCGUGCAAUUCUGAAGAAUCCAUGCGUGCUUCUUCUGGACGAGGCAACGAGCGCUCUGGACAGCGUGUCGGAGAGCGUUGUGCAGGAAGCACUGGAGAGGAUGAUGGCGGGGACGAGGAGCAGGACGUGUGUGGUGGUGGCGCACCGACUGUCGACAAUAAAGAAGGCAGACUGCAUCGCCGUGGUUAAAAACGGCAAGGUUGUGGAGAAAGGAUCGCAUUCUGAGCUCGUCACCAUGGGAGGCUCUUAUAACUCGUUGAUCAAAUCGCAGAACCGCCAUGCUUUGUAGCUCCUUCAAUUUGGGUCCAUAGGUCUUCGAGGAUUGCGCUCGUGCCUUUAG